CAAACGACUGUUGAUUACAUUAUUUCACUUAUGAAGUGAGCCUAGGAAAUAAUCUGCGGAAAUAGACAGUUUUAACCGAGAGAGAAAUAGGCAAAGGAGUUCAUAUGAGUGCAUCGGAUCCUUCGCCAACAACGCCUUUCUCUCUCUCUCUCUCUCUGGAGAAAGUGUCAAAAGACUGACAAAAUUCUCUAACUAAACAAACAGUUUCAGAUGCUGAUUUCGUGAUCGUGUACGUGAUUCAUUCACCACGUUGGAGAUCUCUCCAUUGCUUCUCUCAUCCCUCCUGCUCAUCGUCACCAGCUACAUCUUCUUGAUUCGUUCUUCAUGCACUGCUCCAACUUCAUGCGAAACAUUUCCCCUCUAAUCAUCACUCCAAUGUCCAAUGGUUCUGAGCAGCUCGUCGCCGAAGAUGAGCAAGAAACGAUCCGAAGUGACAAGUUGAAGAAUCCCCAGUUGGAGUACGACUACGAGAUCGCCCAAAUUUCCCCUUUGGACCACGUUGGCAUCGAGACUGAUCAUCUGAGGCCGAAGAAAACCAUCGGAACAAGCAAAGAAGAAGAAGAGGAGGAGGAGGAGGAGGAGGAGUGUGGAACAACGUCGUUCCGAGAAGAACCGGAGCUUGUCGAAGAAGAUGGGGAGAACAAUGAUGGAUUCAGGACUCCGACGUCCUUGGACCACAAAAUCCCUGCAAUGACCCAAUGCCCGCCUGCGCCGAUGAAGCCGAAGCCAACGAGAAAGCGGAAAUUGUCGUCGUCGUCGUCAAUGUCAUCCGAUGAUCGCUGCAGAGAAGUGAUUGAACUCGAUUUCUCCGAGGAAGUGGAAUCACUGUUUUGGCCAAUUCGUCGCGAUGAGAUCAAGAAAGCUAGAAGGAAUGGAAAUAAUAAUUGAUGAUUGAUUAUAUGUCCAUUUGAUGAGGUUGGCCAUGAUGAGAAGCACUUGAAUAUGCUGAAGAAUGAAAAAGUAGCGAAAGGAAAAUGUGGACCAGAUUCAUUGGAAAGGAGCAUAACUUUGGAAAUCCAGUUUGGUGCUUUUUUCUCCAGGUGUUACAGUGCUCUCUUUGAGGAAAUAUUUCCUGCCAAGAGUUCUAUACCAUCUGCUAAUUUAGUUUCUGACUCUCCGAUGGAAAUUUGGAGUUCCAGAUGAAAUUUCGUUCUUCGGUAUCUGAAAAUAUUAUAUGUUCUUUUUCUCUGUCCUUUCUUACCUGGUAAAUGAGGUUGCUGUUCUUCCUAAGAGGAGUAGAGAACCAGACAUCCUCCGCAAGUUUCAGAGUCCUCAACACAAACAGUAUCCAUAGACGUAUGGAGGAUUUUGUGUACAUAUACACACGUGUACUAUCUCUGUUAGUACGAUGUACAUGAUCUUUGGCUGCUUCAUGUGAUCUGCUACUAUGGGUUUAUGUUAAUGAUCCGACGGGAAAUUUCCAGCUA